AAUUUACGAAUUUACAGCCAAAGUUAGGAACAAAUAAUGAAACGAAUUAAUUUUUGCUAGAAUCAAGAAUAUUUCGAAGUUUCCAGUUCCAGAACGAGAACUAGAUGGAGCGUAAAACUUACGGGACGAGGAGUGGUGCCCUCUUAUGUCUUGAAGCCUCGAUUUCGGGUUGCUCGUUUCAAACUUACCGACGAGAAAUCCAUAGAACUAAGGAUGUCUAUACAAAAUACCGGAUCGUGUCCAUUGAUUUUUCGACUUUCGUUGAUGGAUGUGCUCGAAGGCGAUAUCCCACGCCCACGAGAUAAAUCUCCACAAAGAUCCUCCGUAAAGAGGAGGAAAGGAAAAGCUGAGAGUGGAAAAUCGGCGAAGGCGGAGUUUGACGACAAUCUGUUACCGAACGAGGAAUUGGCGAUAUUCGGUGGAAACCUCAAACGAUCCGAGGAUCGUAGCAGUUUCUCUUUUUGGAAUGUCGACGAGAACAUGCAGUUACUGGUCCCCGAAAGGAAGACGGUGGAAUUCGGUGUACGAUUUCAACCUAUUAGCGAGGGAAAGGAUUCAGACGCGAAAGAAAGCACGAAAACAACGCCAAGAGUGAAGAAAAAAGCCAACGCGAAGAAAAAUGCGGACGAGCAGAAAGAAACGAACUAUUGCCACGUGGCGAUAGUGAAACUUACGCUGGGAAGUUCCAUAUUGCUCGAUUUUAUAAUAGUAUGUUCGAUGAGCUAGAAAGUUGUUCAUUUUUAUUUCAACAGUCGCGAGCUUUGAAUCGAGCAGUUUUAAGAUCCCAGAAGCUCGCGCAUUAAUCGCCCGUAUUCUCGUAGAAAUUACUCGGAGAAUUUAUCGGUGCAUUUUUCUACGCGGUUCCCGACUCGAUUAUCGAUUGAUCGUUCUUCAUAUGUGCAAACGCAUGAUCACCUUCGAUUACCCUUCAAAUAUUCACGAACAUGUGCAGAAUAUUAUGAAUAUCGUUGCUUGAGAGGAGAUGAAAAAUUCAAAAGUCAUAUAAAUUGCAUUCUGAUCAUUCUUUCGCAGAUAUUUAAAAAA